AUGAAUGAUUAUUGUGCCUAUGUUCCAAUCCGUGUGUCGGCCGAGUUCUGUGGGCUUCUCGGGCAUCGAAAGUCGAAAAAUGUAUCCAUGCCAAGAGAACUGGGCCCUGCUGAGCAUGCACAGCAAUCGGUAGUCGGUUCGGUUGCAGGCUCACGAUCGGCAUGGGCUAAGUGUCCUGGCCAGUCUCAUCUUGACCUACUGGCGGGGUUUGUAAAAUCAGCCGCUGCUGCAUGUUACCUAGGCCAGGGAGGAGGUGUGUGUCUCUGGGGCUUUUGCGAUUCUCUGGCUGGUAGCGAUUUCAGGGGAGAGGUGGAGAAAGAAGAAGAGGGCAGAUGA